AUGGAGACCCGACAGUCUGCGCGUAAGCGCAGAAAUAGUGCAACUCCCAACGCACCAACUUUUUCUCCGAUCUCGCAUCGAACAAGGAAUGGCAAGCGAGCAAACAACACAUGCAACGCCCCAGAAACUACCACUGCAAGCACUCCGAAGAAGGCUAGAAAGCGGGUCCGAUUCUCCGAUCCUGGCCCCCGACUUCUCGAACCAUCUCCCGGUUCGACGGGUCUUACACCGGCAAUGAAGCGCAGUUUCUGUUUAGACUCAGACAGAGGUCCACCAAAGUCUCGUGAGUCGACGCCCACCCGUCAUCGGGCUCAGCGCCGCAGAUCAGCACCAUUACCGCAAAGACGAUCAUCAUUUGAUCUGGUUACGCCUUGGGAUGAAGCAAUCUCGGAAAGACGAAUUCAAUUCACUCCCCUGCGUCAAAUUUUAGACGUGCGAACGCAAAGAAGGAUCAAACGAUUUGGACUGAGCGAUGAGAUCAAUAGCAUUCAGCGCGAAAAGCGUCAGUCAGCCGUACAUGAGAAGACACUUGAGGCUCUAAGACAGGAACGCGAUGCUUUGCAAAGUGAGCUGGAGUAUCUGAAGCAAAGAGUUUCGCCCGCAUCGAUUUCCAAUGUUUGUGCAGCGGACAUCCCCGGUGAUGAAAAUAAUACCGUGGCACGGAGCCGCAGCGCUCACUCACCAGAGCUUUCUUCACUGAGCGACGACGAAGAUAUGCUGUCGCUUCACGACAACGCAUUCAUAGAGUCGACCUCGCCGGAUCCUCGAGAUAUGCGUAGAUGUCGUAUACAGUCGCCUUUGGCUACACCAGCUUCCGACGAUGGCGUACUCGAGACGUCCUCAUGUGCAAGGACACUACGAUUCCAUGCGGACACGGAAUCUCGAACUCUUGAUAUGGAUCUGCAGCUGGCCAGGGAUGAAAGAAGGGAUCUUUUCAAUGCCUGUCGUCAACAUCUGUCUGCCUUUGAUGACCCGAAAUUCAGUGAUAGUCUCAGAGGAUCGUCACCUUCACCGGACUUUGUUGAUAACUUGACAAAGGCUUUGACAGACCUGCUUUCACGUGCGUCUGAUGCAACGCGGUCGUUGGAAGGCAUUACUCAAACAUGUUGCGCCCUUGGAUUUGCGGGUUUGUCCUCGGAAGAUAUCAUCGGGGACAUGCAGUCGCAUUUCCGGGCUGCACGCCUUGAACUGGAGCGAAUCAUUCCAGGCGAAACGGCCAAUAUAGGGCUAGGCGAUGGGAAGGCUACUCUUGGUGCGCUGGUGCAAAGAGUUCGCACUCUUGCUUCCGAUUUGGAUUCCGAGCGCGCUUACUAUUAUGGAUCCUUGGGACGCGAGAAAGCCCUACGAGGACAGUUUGAUAACCUCCUCCACCGCUACGAAGCAGCGGCAUCUAAGAUCAAAAAUCUAGAGGAUACAAUUGCGUCGUCGGCAGGCGACAUGUUGCACACAAGAAUGCGCCUGCAGGAACUGGAAAGUGAAGACCAGGAAAAGAGCCUGGGGAUUGACAGAUUAAACACCGCACUCGAUAAAUACCACGAAGAUGUCAAAGGAUUGGAAGAGAUGGUUAGCAACCUGGAGACUGCGAACGCGAACACGAAGCGGAAAUAUAAGAAGAUGAUCGCAGAUCUGGAAGCGCAAGUCAAGCAUGAGAGGGAGCAGCGAGCCGCGGUCGAAUCAGCAGCUUCGGACAAUGCGCUGCGCAUACGCCAGCUCGAGGAAACAAUUGAGCAAAAUCAGAGACGCGCGCAGGAUCUCGCAAUUCAGAUGCAGGCUCUUGAGAAUGACCAUCACUCGGCUAUUGAAGCGCUUGAACAGAGAACAUUGAGCGGUAUACAAACCCACGAAAAAGAGACUGGAGUCCUCAAUGUUCAGAUUUCCGACCUCACCACGUCAUUGGAUGAAGCGCGAUCGGAAGCUCGACGCUUGCAGCAAGUCAAUACUGAGCUUGAGGAACAACUCCAAUUAGAAACUGAAGCUCGUGACGACCUCCUUGACAAGUGGGCGAUCGAGCAAGCUCGGUCCUUUGCCUUCAUGAAAGAAACGGUGAACUCGGAGCGCCGGCGGGGCAAAGUGCGUGCGGCUAACUGGGGGCUCAGAUCUGAUGAUCUAAUGUCUGAUGCGCCAUCUGUAAUGGACAGUGAGCCCAUCACCCCUGUCAGCUUGACUCGAUUUGUGGAUGUGGAAUUGGGUCGAGGCAAGGACCGCCGUCGCAUGGACAGUGACCUUGGCAUUUACCCUGAAGAUGACAUACUUGAGAGGGAGCAAUUGGAAGAUUGCUAA